GAAAGAGAAGAAGAAGAAGCUGCAUCAUCAACAACAACCGGAGGUUUUUCAUUUGAACUGAACUUUUUUCCUCCAAACUUUCUGAAGGUUUUUUUUUAAUCCGGCCUCUGAGCGUCUCAGGAUGAAGCCGCCUCCUCGCGCUCGGACUAAGCGGGACCUGGAGAUCCGCUCUGGGACCCCGGAGCCCCGCAGGAAGCCCGCGGUCCGGAGGUGGGGGCGCGUGGAGCUGAAGAAGCUGCUGGAAGCCCUGAAGGAGCUGCAGCAGGGGCCCGGAGCCCCGCGGGACAUCGACUAUGUGAUCCUGAAGAACCGGGUUCCGACCCGGUCCAUCUCAGAGGUCCGCGCCAUGGUGGACUCUCUGAAGGGAAGAGUGAUGUCAUCAGCCAGGUUCCAGCUGAGAAUGAAGCAGCGCGAGGAGCAGCGGGCCUGGAGGCCCAUCCAGUGGUGGACGCACACGGCCUCCGUUCUGAGCGGAACCAUGGAAACGCUCAUAUCUGCCGCCUUCUCUCAGAUGCUGACGGUGUCGUCCAUCGAGCCCUGUGCUCUGAGCGGCUUUGAUCCCUGCUGGGACAGGAGGCCCCCUGCUGGUCGCGGCGUCCCGAUCAGACCACGGCCCCGCUCGCCACUGAAAGCAGCAGCAGCAGCAUGCAGAGGCCUCCCAGCACCUUCUAAAACCCCUCCGGCUGUCAAACAGACGUCUCCUGCUGCUGCCGUCUCCAGCCCACCAACAGGACAUCCACAGCCUGCUUCUGCAUCGCCUCCUUUCCCCGCCUCCAGCCCUUCCUCUUCCGACUCCUCGGCCCCGCUGUCCGACGCGGCGGCUAAGCGCCCUGCGAAGUCCAGGCCAACCAGGAAGCGCGCCGCUGCAGAAAGCAGAAGGAGUGCACUUGAAUAUGUGGUGGACUUUGAAAAGAUCUACAAGUUCUUGAGUUUUCUCCAAAAUCCCAGCGAUGUCUCUCACCUCACUCCCAUGGAGAGUGCGGUAGUUUUGGACCUGCUGAUGUCCCUCCCUGAAGAGCUCCCUCACCUGGACUGCAGGAAGCUGCAGGCCCACCUGGUCCAGAUGCAUCAGGCCCUCUGGGCUCCUGCGGACUCUAGGUCUGCAAAGCAGCUGCUCUCCAUGCUGAAGGACACGCAGGCGCCCGCAGCUCCAGAUCCCGACCCGGCACGCAGUCCGGCUCCAGGAACGGCCGGUCCCGACGGCGAUCCAGGAGGCUCCAGGUUCUGCCCGCCUCUCAACCCGUUCCUCGUUCCGCUGAACCUGUUGCAGCGCAGGCAGACUUCCAGCUCUAACGUCCUUCCGUCUGCGUCUGUGAACGACGUGGAGACAUGAAUCAGUUUUCAUCAAACGCCGCCUCAGAUUCUCAGAUUGAGUCACACGUUUUCCACAAUGACAUUUGAUGCCACUUUAAACGUUUGUCUCCUUGGUUUGAAUAUCUUUUUUUGUUGUUUUCAAUGUAAAUUUUUGUGAAUAAACUGGUUAUUUAUGAAUCAUUUA